AGGACCGUUGACCUCUGGCCCAAGAUGGCGGCGCCCAGAGCCCGGCUCUGGUAGUUCGCUCUGAGGUGACCAGAGACCGACAGCCGCGUGUCAUGUCGAAGCUCAGCCGGGUCACGCGGGCCGUCAAGAAGACGGAGGCUGGUGGAGUGAUCCGGGCCAUCGUGCGAGCUGGCCAGGCCAUGCCCGGGCCCCCGCUGGGGCCCGUCUUGGGUCAGCGAGGUGUUUCUAUCAGCCAGUUUUGCAAGGAGUUCAACGAGAAGACGAAGGACAUCAAAGUAGGCAUUCCUCUGCCCACGAAGAUUUUUGUGAAGCCUGACAGGACAUUUGAAAUCAAGAUUGCACAACCCACUGUUUCCUAUUUCUUGAAGGCAGCUGCUGGGAUUGAGAAAGGGGCCCGGGAAACGGGGAAAGAGGUGGCCGGCCUGGUGACGCUGAAGCACAUAUAUGAAAUUGCUCGUGUCAAAGCACAGGAUGAAGCCUUUGCCCUGCAGGAUGUCCCUCUGUCUUCUGUUGUCCGAUCCAUCAUUGGCUCUGCCCGUUCCCUGGGCAUCCGAGUGGUGAAGGACCUCAGUGCAGAAGAGCUGGCAAGUUUCCAGAAGGAGCGAGCUGCAGUCCUGGAGGCCCAGAAAGAGGCAGAUUUGGCAGCCCAGGCAGAAGCUGCCAAGUGACCCCCUGCCCUCCAUACUCCGGGAUUUUGAAGGGGGCCAGUUGAGAAAGCUGUGCCCCCGGGAAGGAAGACCAUACUAACCUAUGAUUGACAUUUUCCUGACUUCAUAUAGUUUUAUACAUAUGACUAUAUCAAGGGAUCAAGCCUAAAUAAAGAUCCUUUAUUACCCA